AAAACAGUGAUCUCCGAGUUUCUAUGAUAUCGCGCGACCUGCAAUAGCCAACGUCAUCGGUCCCCGUCUGCGUGGGAAACCCAUUUAUAACAAUUUUUCCAUUAUCUACAGCAUCAUCUACGCAGAAGAACAAAUACAUAAGCUGAAUACAUAGGACAAAGGGGCUAAUGGAUACCCGCGAGGAGGAGAGACUGCUCUUGGAGGAGGGUCCUGUAGAGAGUGGAAAUGAAUCAAAUGAUGGACUAUAUACUGGUGAUGGUUCUGUUGACAUUAAGGGAAACCCUGUCUUGAAGAGCAACACUGGAAACUGGAGAGCAUGUCCUUUCAUUCUGGGGACUGAGUGCUGCGAGCGUUUAGCUUACUAUGGAAUUGCGACUAAUCUUGUUAGUUAUCUCACCAAAAAGUUACAUGAGGGGAAUGUACCUGCUGCUAGAAAUGUGACCACUUGGCAAGGCACCUGUUACCUAACUCCCCUUAUUGGGGCAGUCCUGGCAGAUGCUUACUGGGGAAGAUAUUGGACAAUUGCUGCCUUUUCCACUAUUUACUUCAUUGGGAUGUGCACGUUGACGCUGUCUGCAACCGUACCUUCUUUUAAGCCCCCUGAAUGUGUUGACUCCAUAUGCCCUUCUGCUACACCUGCUCAAUAUGCAAUUUUUUUCUUUGGGCUAUAUCUUAUAGCACUUGGAACAGGAGGGAUCAAACCAUGUGUUUCAUCUUUUGGUGCUGAUCAGUUUGAUGAUACUGACUCUGCAGAGAGAGUUAAAAAGGGUUCCUUUUUCAAUUGGUUUUACUUUUCAAUCAAUAUUGGUGCUUUGGUGUCAAGUAGUUUGAUCGUGUGGAUUCAAGAUAAUGCAGGAUGGGGCCUUGGUUUUGGCAUCCCUGCUUUAUUUAUGGGAAUUGCUAUAGCAAGCUUCUUUUCAGGCACCCCUCUCUACAGGUUUCAGAGGCCAGGAGGAAGCCCUGUUACAAGAAUGUGUCAGGUCGUGGUUGCAUCAUGCCGUAAAUGGAAUUUGGCUGUCCCCAGUGAUAGUAGCCUUCUCUAUGAAACACCAGAUAAACACUCUGCAAUUGAAGGAAGUCGAAAACUGCUGCAUACGGAUGAAUUAAAGUGCCUUGAUAAAGCUGCUACAAUUGCUGAUGCUGAAGCCAAAAGGGGAGACUAUUCCGACCCGUGGAAGCUGUGCACAGUAACCCAAGUCGAGGAAUUGAAGAUCUUGAUACGCAUGUUUCCCAUCUGGGCUACGGGAAUUGUCUUCUCUGCUGUUUAUGCUCAAAUGUCAACCAUGUUUGUUGAGCAGGGCAUGGUGAUGGAUACUUCCAUUGGUUCCUUCACGAUUCCUGCAGCCUCUCUGUCAACUUUCGAUGUCAUUAGCGUUAUUUUCUGGGUGCCCGUAUAUGACAAGGUCCUUGUUCCUAUCGCCAGAAAGCUCACUGGCAAAGAAAGAGGAUUCUCUGAGCUGCAACGCAUGGGAAUUGGCCUCUUUAUCUCGGUCUUGUGCAUGUCAGCAGCUGCUGUUGUUGAGACCAGACGUCUGGCAAUUGCAAAGGAGCUUGGAGUAGUCGAUGACCCAGUGGCAGUACCGUUAAGUAUCUUCUGGCAAAUACCUCAGUAUUUUCUCUUGGGGGCUGCUGAAGUUUUUACGUUCAUCGGGCAACUGGAGUUCUUUUACGACCAAUCUCCAGACGCCAUGCGCAGUUUAUGCAGUGCCUUGUCACUCCUCACGACUUCGUUGGGCAAUUAUUUGAGCUCAUUUAUUCUGACUGUGGUGACAUCUUUAACCACUCAAGGAGGGCAGAUUGGUUGGAUUCCGGAUAACUUGAACGAGGGUCAUCUUGAUUAUUUCUUUUGGCUCCUUGCUGGCCUCAGCUUCCUCAACAUGGUGAUCUACUAUUUUUGCGCUAAAAGAUUUAAGUCAAAAUUAGCAUCAUGAGUUUUCCAGUUUACUUCAUAUGUUGGCUGGAGAUCCACUUCUUAAUCUAUUUCAUCAAUCUCAGCAAAUAACAGGACCCCUGGGAUUUGAAUCUAUGAGAACUGAACUUAGUUUCUUUUCGUCCAAUGUAUAUAAGUUCCAGAUCUGGCUCAUCAGCCUUCUAGCUUUGCUUCAUCUUUCCCUCAGCUCCCCCACUCCAAAUACAUACAUGCAUUGUUUUUUGUUACAAUAAUGUUCAAGCUUAUUCAGCUCUCAUCACCUCCACCGUUA